UAAACAUCGUACACAAAAGCGACAUGGCAUUACUGACUUUCAAGCUCAAGGACACAACUUUCAAGAUAUUCUGGACUGGGAGGAAACACGAUUUCAAUAUCGAAUUCACUGGUGAUUAUUAUCGCGGAAAGAUGUGUGGUUUACUUGGUAAUGCUGAUGGUGAUGCCAAAAAUGACUUCCAGAGACCCGAUGGUGUCAUUGUAAAAGAUGCUAUUGAGUUUGGAGAGAGCUGGAAAGUUCCUGGCAAACAAUGUUAAUCUACACAUCACUGAUGAUGACAGAUAGUAACUGGUCGUAGUAUAUGAAUAUUAUAAACCAAGCUUAGUGUCAUCGAAACGCAGAUUAAGUUAAAUUCGUGGGUUUGGUUGUUGGGUGUAUAAUAUGAAAUUUACUCUCGUUGUCGGUUCAAUAAAGGGAUUUUAAAAGGGCA